UGCUGCUAUUGUGUAGUGUCUAAAGUCGUCGUCUGAAGUCUUCAUUCAGUGUUGGCUUGACGGAAAUUUUGGUUUUAAUAAAUUUAGUUUAACUUUAGCUUCACUGACGUUCGGUCGCGUUUUUUUAGUGUUUUAUUAAAAAACACAUAAGCUUUAUACUUUCAAGUUGUUAAAUUAAAAUUUUACAAUUUCCCAAAUUGUAAAUUUUGAGGAAAUACCAAUAAAUCGUUUGGAAAAUUAAGCAAAUAUGAGGAUUACACACUUGUUGUUGAUUGGGAUUUUAAUAUCCCUAGCAGCAGCUACUGCCUCCAGUAAGAAUGAUCAUGUCAAUAAGAAAUCAAAAUCAACAGAGAAACCUGCUAUUGGUGAUGCUAAAACUAUCGCUAAGCCAGCAAAAUCCUCAACUACUGCUACUUCUACUGGACGUUCAGCAAAAUCUUUGAAAUCUGUCAAACCCGGAGAAAAUCGUGGAAAACGCACUUUAUAUGAUUUCAAUAAUCCUUCAUUCUUGUAUCCCCAAAUCGCCGCCAGAAGAGCUGGUUAUGGUUCAGAGUCUAGAUCGGCUUAUAGUACACAAUCUGGUUAUUUUAAUGGACAAAAUGCUAUUGCUCAAUUCCCUAGUGAUUAUCAUUUGAACUAUUCGCCUUAUCCCCAAUAUUUGGAAGCUCCUGAACCAAUUAUUGAAAUCAUUAUUAAAGAUGCCAAUGAAACAUUACCCGAGGAAAAUUUACAACCUGUCGUAACUAAAACUAAAAAGAAGAAGGAAAAAGUACAUGUUUUCUAUGUCAACUACAAAAAGGAUCAAAAUAAUAAAUUACAUUUAGAAAGUCCUAUUGCCUCUUUAAAUAACGAUGACACCGAAGAAGAUGAAGAAGAGGAAGAAGAGAUUAUACACUAUCCAGUAACACCUUUGCCUCCUGUUAAAUCCACAACUUUAAGAACUAUUAUACAUCCCGACUCGGAAAAGUAUCAUAGCAAUAGUGGUAUACAUGUAACUUUCGGCUCAGAAGAUAAGUCACAGACUGGACAUAUCUUAGAGGAACAUGAUGCUGAAAGUGUACAACGUCAAGUGGUGGCUGUGCCAGUACCUCAAACUAAUGCUAAAUCUCAAUUUCAACUGAAUGCUAGAAAUGAUUUCCAGGGUCAAGCUAGAUCACCUUUUACCAGCAGCUUCUUCCAGUCAUCAGCACCUUGGCAAUAUCAAGCUCAACAACAGCAACAACAAUAUCACAGUCAACAACAGCAAAAACAACAUCAGCAACAGCAAUUGCCUCAUCAACAUUCGAGCACCUUCUUUAAAACUCCCACUCAAUCUGGUAAUUUCCGUCAACAUCAACAACAAUCUUCUACUCAGCAAACAAACCAACACCAUUCAACAAACUACUUCCAAAAACAAUCAUUCCACCAACAAGCUCCUCAACAAAAACCUCAUUACAGCUCAAAUCCUACAGUUUCAGCACCAGAUCCAACCCAGCAAUCGCUAAACAAACCUUUAAGUCAAAUCCAUCAACAAUUGCAACAACAGUCCCAAUAUUAUGUCAACCACAAUCAAUUAUAUCAGCCACAACAACAACAGCAGCAACAUCAACAGCAGCACCAACAACAACAGCAUCAUCACCAACAACAAUCAAGUGUACAACAUAAUCAAUAUUACAAUGCUGUAUCGCAUAAGCCCACACAACCACCUAAGACAUCGGUAGUUUUCCCCACAGCUCCACCGAAAACCCAAGAAUUGCCCGUCAGACAUGCACCUCAACCCUAUCAACCUAUAAAAUUCCGUCCCACCCCAGCACCAGCUCCACAACAAACUAAACCCACACCAAUUGCCGCCAAAUUGGAAAACACACAAUAUAAUACGAAACAGUAUCAAUUCCAAAAACAACCACAAUACAUACAACAUCCAACCUUCACCCUAACUUCUCCCACAUUGCCACCCAGUCAGGUGAAUUACAAAACUCAAAUUCAAUUGCAGCCACAAACUCAACAAUAUCAACAACAACAGCACCAACAGCAAUAUCAAACUCAAAAUCAGCAUCAAUAUCAACCACAAGCCCAUACACAAACGCAGCAACAACAACAUACACAGACUUUCGCACAAUCACAAUCCUCUAGCCAGCCACAAACUAACUCUAUUUACUUCACCCAAAACAAAAAUCAACAACAACAGCAGCAUCAGCAACAGCAGACACAAGUGCAACAAAAUACUAGAUAUCAAACCCAAUCUUCCAACCAACAAAGUUCCUCUACACUCCCCAAUUUGAGUUGGUUGGAUAUUAAACCCUCUAAAGAAACCGAGUUGUUGAAAUCGAUACCCAAAUUUGAGCAACACAUAACCGAGACCGUACAAAACCAAUACAGCAACAAUCAAUAUCAAACACAAAAUCAGGUCAUUCAUGAUAUGCCAGCACCAAAUUUGGCUCCUCAACAACAGUUGCCACAACAGCAACAACCUCAAAGUCAAGCAUUGCACGGUCAUUAUAUCACAGCAGCUCCCUACAACAGCCAAUCUCAAGUACAUUCGCAACAACAGCAACAAUCUUUUAGUAACUUUGUAACAGCCCAACAAAGUUCACCUACCUCAACACAAGCCCCACAAUUCGGUGAAGCUACAGAUGGACAGAAAAUUAUGAUUGUUACACCCAUGCCACCCAAUGUUUACCAACAAUAUCAGGCUGCUCAUUCUUAUCAGAACUCACAAAGUUCUAGCAGCAGUCAACAACAACAUUCCACACAAAUUAUUAACAGUGUACAACCUUCACAGGAACAAUACAAUAACUACUACCAACAACCCAGGCAGGGACAAUCAGCCACCCAGGCUCAAUCCACUCUUACAGCCAAUAACUCACCUUACAGUGUUUCCAACUAUCACUCGGAUGUUUUUAAAGAAUUAGAGCAUAGAAACAGCCAUACUCAAGAAUCUAACAGCAACCAAAAUGCUUAUAUACCAACCAGUGCUGAAGCAUCUAGUACCACCACUCCCUCUAGCCCAACCACUUCUUCCACCACUGUAAAUCCCAAAACACUUUUACAGUUGCCCGAUGAAGUACCCGAUGAUUUGAGACAACAAUUGUUAUCUUCUGGUAUCUUGGGUAAUGCUGAUAUUUCUGUCCUAGAUUAUGACAAAGUAGGAGAUAUUGCUUUGGAAAACUUACCCGCUGAACAUUUGCAACACUUUUAUGGCGCUGGCGGUGGUGCCCAGAUAUCCGAAUCGAAAAAAGUCUUAACGGUACUUAAGCCCAAUGGUGAUAAAGUAUCGCUUGAUGAAAAAGAAUUACAACGUGUUAAACAAUCCAGCUCAGUGCCCCACAACAAACAAACCGAUGUUAAAGUAGUACGUUUCGAUGGUCAAAAAUUGGAAAAUUCUGAGACGCCCUCAACAUCUGGCGAACGACAGUAUAACAGAUAUUUGCCUUUGAAAAUCAAUGGUGCUAAUUUCCCCAAACCAGAUAAUGAAGAGUUGAGAGGCAAGUACUUGCAAAGUGUGGUAGUUUUGGCUCCAGUAGAUACUCCUGCCGGACAAGAUCCCGCUGUAGUGGAGGACAGUAAAGAGGUUAAGUUUUUGGGCGGUGAUUUAAUUAAAACUUUAGUGAAAAAACCCACCAAGGAAAAUUUCAAAAGAUGGCUCGAAAAGGAGGCCAGAACAGAUGUAGAUCAACAAUCUGUAGUGUUGUUAGUAGCAAAGUCUUCUAAUUCUUCGGAACAAGAAAUCUUUAUGUAUGACAUAACAACCGGUGAAAUAAAUAAAUUAAAUGGUGAACUUUCCAGUAAAUUCGUAAGUGUAGCUGAAGAGAACGCCAGCACGGAGGACUUGGAGCAUGGCUCAACUUUGGAUCCCAACUUUAUGGAAACAAUGAUGCAGCCAUCAUCAUCAAGUUAAAUAAUCAACCAUAGACACUUCCUAGCUAAAAAAAACAAAAAACAGACUGCUUGUAUAAUAAAA